AUGCUCUGUGCUAUUUUCAACAGCAGCACCGCCCUUUCGCAGACAGAACGCGUCGGAAUUUCGAAACUGAACUUCCAGAAAUUCCAGAUGAAGUGUGCGGAAAUCGAUAAACCUCAGACCCGCGGCUGUCCGUCGCGCAGCACCGAAAUUGUGGAGCAGAUGUUAGAAUAUCUGCACCCUGCGGGUACAUUGACUGCAAUAGGACGAGUGACAAACAGAGUUCAAAGGAUAGUCUGGAUCGGCCAGGACGGCGAGUGUAUCGGUGGUAUAGUGAAAUGGUUCACAAUUGAGUGCGGCGUGGCCAGCGUGCGUGUAGACAUGUCAAACUCCAAAACCAAGGUCGUGUUUACUGGCAAGAGAAAAUGGAAGAAAGACCAGAUCGACCAGUGA